AUGCCCAGUGAUCGGCAAGAUGAGGCAAACCAGUCGGAAACAUGGGCACGUGUCUAUGAUGAGCUAAGAUCACAGCAGUCGCUGGCCUCUGUUAUCAAUGACCCAUUUCGGGGGAGCAGGCUGUUGCGAGGACAGUGGGAUGGUCUUGGCGAAUUCGUAGGUACUGUGUGGGAGAGCGUGGAAGAGCUGAAUGAUCAAAGAGAAACAGAAGGCAUAGAUCCAGCUGUUCUGGCUCGCAUUGAUGCAUUGAUAGGUCCCGUUCCUGAGGCAUCAGAGUUGCAGCCCUACCUGGACACGUUUGCUGACGUGUGGGAUGUGUAUCACAGGAAUCAUCGCAGGAAAUCCCGAUGGCCAAAUGCUUCUGCUCGUGAAGUCGCGAGCAGUUCGCGCGGGCCUCCCGAGGAUGAUGAUUUGGUGGCAGCUCGGGAGGCUCACUUUGCGGUGCCGCCUGAGUACUUCUCCACCAGCUUUUCAUUGGAACAACACCCGAUUUUCAGACAGUCGCUAGAAACCGCGGUAGAUCGGCAAGAGGAUCUUCAUGCAGAACUCUCUGGGUAUAUGGAUAUGGUGGAGGUGUCACUGUUUGAGCAUAUCAGAAAAGCGCAGCAAGACCGCUUGUUUGAUUCGCUUGCAUCGCUCGGGGAGCCAUUGCAACAAGAUUUGUCUGGUGCUCUGGCUGUAGUCCGCACCUUGCGGGGGCACUUGAAAGAGGUGCAGAAGCUGCAGUUGCAUUGUGGCUUGGCUGUCGGCCGGCUGGAACGCAGAAAGCGUCGAGUGCAAGACGUUCUCCAAAAAUUGGAUUGCUUGGAGCAUGUAAGGCAGUGCCGGCCAUCCAUCCAGAUGCUAUUGCAGGGCCGUGACUUCAUCACUGCCCUGGACUUGAUUGACAGCACCACCUCCGCAUUGGAGUCAAAACUCAAAGGUUUGGUCAGUGUGAAGUCAACGUGGAGUCAACUUCUCGACUUCGGGGACACCUUUGAUAGAGCAGUGGAAGCUGAAUUUGUCCAUCUUUCCUCUGAGUCACUUUUGCAGCAAGAAGAUGAGCAUGAAACUGGACAAGAGGACGAAAUCGGCGACUUGCGGCUUAGGCCGCUGUGCCAAUGCCUAGCCUUACGCGGCCGACUGCGAGCGGCUCUCAAUCCCACUCUGCGGGAUGUGGUGCUGUCUCAGCUGAAAAAGGCCAUCAAACUGCACACCAAGUUCCUCCUCCAGGAGCUUGAGGAAGUGGCUGGAGACCAGGAGGCAGGCGAUAGCUUGCCGCUGGAUGGUGCAAGUCCCAAGGAUGAGACAGCUUCAGAAGCACCUGAAACUGUGCCGGCAGAGGCUGAGGCAAAGAAUGUGGAAGGUGCUGCACCUGGCAUUACCUCAGCACUGUGUGUGCUUGCCUUUGACAAGUUUGUCGACUUUUGGAGAAGGUUAUUGGGAUUUGUCCUGGUGAUGGCGACGCGCUAUAGCCGCUACGCUUGUCAAGUUCAGGCUAUUGCAGCAGAAGCCCACGCUGUAAAUGCUAAUGACUCCGCGGAGGUCGCACUGGAGCUUUGCCGCCUCCUCGAGGUGAUUCUUGCACAGGCUUUGAAGAUAGCUGGUGCGCUGCUGCAGGCGCGCCAGAAAGAACAUCAGAGCCUGAAGGUCCGAGAUUGGCAGAACUUCCUUCGCCUCACAAAUUCGCUGCUGGGGAAGGUUGAUCAGGUGCAGCAAAGCUGUCAGAUCAAGGUCAAGCUUGGCGACCAUGUCGGUGUGGAGAUUCAAGCCAGCUUGCGUGCAAUCACGCACAGCCAAACCAAGAACAUCAUCGAGGAAUUCCAUCAGAAGUGCUUGCUGCAGACGACGCAAGUCCUGGAACAAGAACGUUGGGACCGAACUGAUGUACCAGUGCAGUACAAGAAGAUUCUCCGCAGCUUGCUGGGGCAUGAGGCAAAGUUAAGCGAUGCUGGCGGUGCAGCUGACGAAGAUGCAGAUCAGCCAGCUGAGAGGUAUCUUCAUGUAGAAGGCACCCAGUACCAGGUGGUGCCAGCAGCCUUGACCCUGCUGCAGCUGCUCGCGGAUUAUGUGCAACUCUGCCAUGAUUUCAGCGAAAUGACUGCUGAGGUGGUGCAACGGAUGUGUCAGCUGCUUCGGCUCUUCAACCAUCGAGCCCAGCGCAUGAUACUCAACGGACAAGCAGUCCAGCACAAGGUGCUGCCGAGAAUAACGGCCGCAAAUCUUGCAUUGAGCAGCCAGUGCUGUGGCCUGAUGGCACAAGUCCUUCCGCUGCUGCAAACGCAGCUCGGCGCUUCAGGCGAAAGCCAUGGGAAUGCUCAGGCUGCUGCCAGGGGCGCCAUGGUCGUGGCUUUGCUGGGGGACCUCUCAAAGAUAGCAUCAGAGUUUGCAGAGCACCGCAGUGCCCUCUUUGGCAAGCUCAGCGAUCUUCUUCGUGUUCAGUACGAGAAGCAUUCCCAACGUUGGCUCAAAGUGCCUCAUUGUGACACUGGCGGCGCUGAUAUUUGGAAGGGGGAUGCCAUGGCAGCUUUGCAAGGCGAGUCAAGUCUGGGUGAGCACGAGUCUUUGGAGGGCCUUGUCAAGGACAUCACGGCUAUGUACCGGGUACUGCUUCGCAACCUUAACUAUGACAGCGUGAGGAAAAUCUUUGCGCGAGCCUUUGAGGAGAUUGCAUCCUCCUUUCAGCAAAGGCUAGAGCAAGAUGUCUCUGCGCCAUCUCCACCAUACUCGGACAGCCUUGGGCGCUCGCUUGGUGACCGCUUGCUUUUGGAUUUUGCAUACCUCUAUCGGGAGCUUGAGAAGCUGACUGGUAUAACCACGCCUCUCCAGCGCCUUCUUUGCGAUUUGGUGCAGCACCUUCAGACAAAGCUUCCUGAAGAUCCGCCCAAAAAGUUGCACCCAGUCGUGCUGGAGGCAUUACAGCGAAUCGAACAUGAAGAACGAGCGCAAGCACGCCAAGCGUUGCAGCAGAGAGCCAAAGAGUUGGCUAGAAAGAGAGCAGUAAGCGACUUCAGGAGUCUUCUCCGACAUCGCCACGGUAGCGUCAUUGCGGGGUGGCGCCAUGCAAUUGAUUCCGAGGAGGAACAGGUGACCUUCGAAGCCUUUGAGGACGCAGCUGCAGAUGCUUUGAAGUUCACCGGAGACUUGGAUGGGUUGUGGGAGGAGCUUGUCGCCGAGCAUGAAGAAGUGCUUCUUCUGGAACGCUUGGAGCCAGCGCUAGUGGAGGCCAAGAAGAGCUUUCUGUAUGCGUGUGCUGACCGCUAUGGCUCUGUGGAGAGAGCCUUCUUUGAAAUGGACAUUGAAACGAAGCCUUUGGUUGGCCAAGAGGAGACUUCAAUCGCCUGUGCAUUGAGAUCAACAUGCAGAAAAAUCGCCGGCUGUUGUUUGAGUACGCAGACAUCAAAGGAGUUGACAUAA